UGGUGGAUUCUGGAGGUGUGUACGUGUCACGGCACGCAAGCUUGACAACUAGUAGCACGACAACCUCAAUAUGGCCGCCAGUAUGAACGAUCGAAAUAUCCUCUGUCUUUUUGAUGUCGAUGGCACCGUUACACCUUCCAGAUUGGUUAUACAACCCGAAAUGAGGGAAUUAAUGGCGGAACUUCGCAAGAAGGUCAAAAUCGGCCUUGUUGGGGGGUCAGAUCAGUGCAAAGUUGAGGAGCAAAUGGGUGGCGAAGACGUAACAAAGCUCUAUGACUAUUUCUUCCCUGAAAAUGGGCUUGUUGCUUACAAAGAUGGAAAACUAUUAGCAAUCCAGAAUAUAAAGAAAUUUUUGGGAGAGGAUAGUAUACAGGAGUUAAUUGAUUUCUGUCUUAGUUAUAUGUCAAACAUCAAGAUUCCAAAGAAAAGAGGAACAUUCAUUGAGUUUCGUCAUGGUCUAAUUAAUGUCUCGCCUAUCGGGAGGAACUGUACGCAAGAAGAGAGAAUAGAAUUCUUCGAGUAUGAUAAGGUCCACAACGUGAGAGGCAAGUUUGUUGAGGCUUUAAAGGAGAAGUUCCCCCACCUGGGUCUACAGUACAGCAUUGGGGGCCAGAUCAGCUUUGACGUCUUUCCCAAGGGAUGGGACAAGACGUUCUGUCUAAGACAUGUAGAAGCAGAGGGAUUCAAGGAGAUUCACUUCUUUGGAGAUAAAUGCUAUGAGGGCGGAAAUGACUGGGAGAUCUACCAGGACUCGAGGACUAUUGGCCACAAAGUCACAUGUCCAGAGGACACAAUGAAACUUCUACGAGAGCUCUUCUUUUGAUAUUAUCUGGCAUUAACCACACGCCGUAAUAUAAAGCUUCUUGUAGAAAAUAUAGAAUAGCUUGAAGUAUCUGGGUGACUGUCUGUGAAAACUUCGCUCCAAUUUCUGUACACACAUUUUUGUACAAUUAAAGAUUUCUAAAAUCUUUUUCGGUCAAAAUGUACCCCUUUUAAGUUAUUAACACAAAAAAAAUCUUUCACAAUUUAUUAUUUUAUUAAGGGUUAAAAUCAUAAACUCUGAAAACAUCAAGAAAUUUAUUGUACUUUUACGAGUAGGGCUAUCAUCAAAGGUGGAUAAUUAAACCGGACAUCUAAAAUCAUGAGCAAGCAUAAGCAAAGAGUUAACUUCCUAUGGAUUACAUACUUUCUGUCUGGUUCUGUUCCUCAUCCAAGUCCAAAUUUCUCAUUUUGCGUUAUGUUACUCAGAGAGGGUACUUUUUUUUUAUCUGUUUCACAUCUUUCUUUGUAAAGAUUGUAAAUACAUUGUCUUCAUCGACUUUGUAAAAUAAAAUAACUACCAUGUUAUCAA